AAGUUCACCAAUGGAUGCCUUGGAGGUGGCCACAGACACCAUGGAGACAAGAAAAAAAGAUGAAAACGAACAAAAGGUUCUGGGAUUGCGUUCUCCGUUUCUUCAUCUUCCUUCGAACAAAGAGACUCGAGGCUCUGCGUUUCUGGCUACACAUCGGUCUGUCUCUGAGGAAACAACACAUCGUAGAGAAGUUAGUUCACCGCUGUGCCUCUUGACAUAUUCCACGCUCUCUCUCCGCGGCGCACCUUCCUCGGAAUUCUGCUUUGAAUUCGUUCUUUUCCUCUUUAUCUUGGAUAGCAACGACGCUUUCGAGGAACCCAGUCUCAGGCGUGUCUCCUUCGAGCGACGAAAGACGACGUCUCUGCGUCCCCCGUUUUCCUUGCUUCUUCUGUUUCCCCUCCCAUUUCGCAUGGCAAUUCUGUAGAAAUGAACCUUCCAGACGUCGUUUCAACAUGUUUUUUCGUCUCCUCCUCGCUCGCGUCAGAUCGAGUGUAUGUACACACUGUUAUCAAAACAUGUGGUGUGUGGACAACUGUACGCGUACUUUUGGGGUGCUCCAGUCAUUUCUGACUUCCUCCUUUGUGCACUGAAGCGUUCCGAGCCAUUUUGCGGACUCCGCGUCCUUUCGAGGAGAGAAGACGUGGUGGUUCUGACCUCUCUUGACGCCGACUCGGUGUAUGUACACUUCGGUCUGUCCUCCCGCGUGUGUCGGAUGCCAUGCUUGUCGCGUCCUCUCAUUCUGGACUUUCUCCGGUCUUCUCUUCCAAAAAUGGCGGAAGUGUAGGUCUCUUGUGACCUUCUUGUCUUCUUGCCGCUUCCUGCCUCCCCUUUUCUCCGAAGUCUUCGAUAUUCCUGCUUCUCAGUCUCUCCUGGCGCCUCUUCUCUCUCCUCUCGAGCUGCGGCCAGCGUUUCUCUCUAGCGUCUGCUGCUCUUGUUUUCCGCCUCUCAGUCCUCUUCUGUCUUCUAUCCGGUUUUUUUCUCGGCAACCCACUUUCCCUCAACGCCUUCUUUCUCCAGUCGACAGCACUAUUCUCGCUCUUCCCCUUCUCCUUUCUCCCUUGCCUCAUUUUCUUCGCGCUUCUUAGUGCUCCCUUCCUGCUGUAUCACGUUCCUUCUCUGCCUGCCUCGUUUCCUCUUCUCCCUUUACACCGUUCUCCGCUUCUUUCUUCUCCGUUUCUCCGUCUUAUCGGCUUUUUUCAAAAUGCAUGCACCGAGUCGCUCUUCAGCCGGUGGCGGGUCGCCUUCGGAGGUGUGCCCGCCGCUUCAGGGCGCAGCGGCUUCUUCGCACUCCCCUCCCUCUCAGGUCGACUCUGCUCAGGAGACAGGCGCCUCCGCGUUUGCUUCUUCCUUCUCUACAGCGGCUCUUAGAUCGCAUGCGUCGUCCUCGGCCUCUCUGGGGGCUUCUGGCGCUGCUUCUCUUCCCCACUCCUCUCGCGUCCCUUCCGACGACACUCAGACUCGCGUCUCCAUCUUUAACCUGCUGCCGCCUUCCGCUUGUCGAGCCAUCUCCUACCUCCUCGUCUGUGGCCUCUCUCUCUCUGCGCUCUCUUCCCUCGCGACAUAUUUCCACGUCGCGGUCCUCCAAGUCAUUCUCUUCGGCAUCGCUCUUUCCUACGCUCUCGCCUUCCUCUCGCUCGCUAGACAGGCAGACGGUUUGAUAGGUCCGAAAGUGGGCAUCUUGCCUCUAGACGAACUGAUGCCUGCUCUUGAGCAGCGCGCGCGAGUCCCUGCCUCUCCCCAUGUCAAAUUCGUCAUGAAGGCAGUGCACCAAGUAGCCACCCUUGUCUGCCGCAACAAAAGCAACGUUCUCCCAAGUCACUUGGCGUACGGGGGAGUAGCGAUUUCCAUCUUCUGCGCGGGUCUCUCGUUCACUGCUUUGGGCUGGCCUCGUGCGCUAUGGCAAACAGCAUGCUUCGCUGCUCUCUACGUCGAGUACCUCGCCUUCCGAUACAUGGCCCGCGAUUUCCUGUCUUUUCAGUGGGAUGUAUUGUUGCUCGAGUGCGGCUUCAUCGCCGUCUGUGCCUCGCCGUGCUCGACAGCGGCUACGCCGUUUGCUGCAGGAGUGUCGGUGAUGUCUUUUCGUCUUCUGGCUUUCAAGCUUCUCUUCUGUUCAGGGAUCUGUAAACUCGCAUCUGGAGAUCAAAAGUGGAGUUCGUUCACGGCGAUGAACUACCACUACUGGACUCAGCCUCUGCCCAACUUUGUCUCAUGGCACAGCUAUUGGGGGGGCAACAAGCGGCUGCAAGCGAUAGGCGCUGUCACUUUCGAGAUCCUCGGACCUCUUCUUAUUCUCUUCGGACGUUGGGGACGCAUCGUCGCUUUCUUCUGCUUCGUCCUGUUGAUUGUUUCGAUUUAUGUGACGGGGAAUUACGGCUUCUUCAACAUCCUUUCUUGCGUCGUUUGUCUCGCUCUCUUGGACGAUUCGCUUCUUCUCUUCAAGUUCCCCUCCCCUCUCGAGAACGCUUCUGUUCUUCAGAGAGCGACAGAGUCUCUUGUUGCUGUUCUUCUCGGCUGCGUCGCUGGAAGCUUUUACAUUCUCUUCAGUCUCACGAGCGUGGCGCUCUUCCUCAAACUGUGGCAGAAACCGCUGUUGGAACCGCCCGCGCUGUGUGCUCAACUCUACGGCGAAUUGGCUCCGUUGCACGCAUGCAACCUCUACGGCUUGUUCGCGUCCGUCACUACCUCGCGCUAUGAGGUGGUGAUCGAAGAACUUCACCUGGUCGAAGACACUUCAACGCAUCCCCCGACGACUCGAGAAACUUGGGUGGAACUCGAUUUCCUCUACAAACCUGGCGACGUGGAUCGCCGUCCGCCAUGGCUCUGGCUGGGUCACAUGCCUCGCCUCGACUGGCGACUCUGGUUUCUCCCGCUCCGUCUCGCGCGCGUUGUGAACCUGGCGAUUCGCGACGGAGCCUCACCCGCCGCCGUCUCUGCGGCGCUGCAGCAAGGCGCCCCGAGCCUCUAUCCUGCCUGGUGGCCGGUCCUGCUGGCGCGCAUCUGCAGACGGCAGCCUGAAGUCCUCGCCUUGCUGGGACCGCAGCGCAACAUCGAUUUGGCGCGUGCACCCUGUCCCCGCGGACUGAGAGUCAGUUUGUUCGACUUCCGUUUUCGACCGCCAGAGAAUUGCCCCCUCUACGCGGCCUUCUUCCCCGAAGGCAUGCCUGCUCUGACUCCACAGGAGAUCCAAGAAAUUGAAGAAGAGCUGCAGAACUGGGAAGUGGGCGACUGGUGGAUGCGGCGACGCCACCGGACGAUCGACCUUCUCUCCAUUCGCUCAUCCCCCAAAGGAGGCGCGGAUGCUGGACUUGCUGAGAACUCGAACGAGUCUUAAGUCGGGAACUCUGCGUUUCGAGGAGAACCACGGAUCUAAGGCUCGCGCAGAAGCAGGACGCGAGAAGGAGUCUGCGAAUCGCAAGUGCAGAACUACGUCUAGGGAGAAGCACAGAAACACCCCGCACGAGAAACGUUGAGAGAGACAAAACAGGGAGAAGCAGCGGGGAGAGGGCGGAGCGCGAACGGAGAACAGGGAGAGGAGAAGGAGACAUGGAAAAAGAGGACGAAGCAAGCAUCUGCGCUGGAAACGAACGAGAGAGGAACACGAGCACGGUGAAAGAGAGAGAACGAGGGAGCAUGGAGGUGCACCCGCUGACGAACAAAAGGCAGAGGGGGGAGAACGGGUCUGCUUAGGAUUCGAGGUCAAACGCAGUGAGCCAUCGAGGCGUCCCGUUUUUCCUCCCCAUUGCUGCUGCGAACCUUUCGUUCGAACUUUGCUCGGCGCGUUGCCGCAUGCAGAGUCGUGGGUUCCCGUCUGUUUUUCCAAAGUCGCCGCUUCGGGGUGCGCUCUUGAAAGACGAAGACCUACACAGGUGGAUUCACUAUUCUACCUCGUGAUAGACUCUUUCGGCUUCACUUGCUACUUCUUAGAGGGGAAAUCCGAAGCUUUUGUGGGGGUCAAGAGUCGUGAGUGCCCUGGGUAUCUGCCGUCGAAAGUAGUCCCUCUCAAGCCUGGAGCUUCAACUCUGUUCACACACCUCCCCGAAAAUCGAGUUGUCUUACAACACUUGCACGGUUUCCACUUCCCGUUGAACUUGAGUACGCGAGAUCCUCUCUCUCCGCGUGUCUCUACGCUUCAUGAUUUCAGAGCAUCUGUGCAUAUCUGUCUAUCCACC